CUGACAUCGAAAUUCGAAACUUCAGUCGAAUAUCGCGAACAGUGCUAAAAGUUAUGUCAGUGUGUUGCAGUUAACAAACUUUCCACGAAACCGCCAAAAAAAAAAACAAAAAAAUGAAUAAUUUUCGCGAAAAAAUGGCAGCGCACCUCUACGAAAAUUUGCCGUUGAAACGUUUGACAAGGAAUAACGAACUUGCUCGGGCAAGCAAAUUCGCUUUUCCUGAUGAGAAAUUAAAGAAAUUGAAAAGUCCUGAUAUGAAGGAUUCUUUAGAAGCGUUGUUGGAGAAGUCGAAAAGUCCCGAAAAAGUCGCCAAAAGAGAAUUUGGAAGUUCCGAGAACAUCAAAAGUAACGUUGAAAAAAAUUGUAAUCAGAAUGGUCAGAAGAAGGCUUCUACUUCUACUAUGGAUGAUGGUUAUGGAUCGUCCAAUAGUACACCGCAAGUUUCAGAAGAUCUUCACGUUCAAGUCGAAGAAGACGAACACGAAUCUUUCGUGUUGUCAACGAGUUCUAGUCAAGCGGCGGACGUCGAUCCUGAUUCGAUAACAGCCGGCCCGGACGACAACAGAGAAACUUGGGGAUCCAAUACCGAUUUUUUAUUGUCCAUUAUUGGGUUCGCUGUUGAUUUGGCGAACGUAUGGCGAUUCCCGUAUUUGUGUUAUCGAAAUGGAGGAGGUGCGUUUUUAAUACCAUAUACAUUAUUGUUAGUUUUUGGAGCAGUACCAUUGUUCUACAUGGAACUUAUAUUGGGCCAAUUUUAUAGACAAGGACCUAUUAGUUUAUGGAGAAUAUGCCCUUUAUUCAAAGGUGUAGGAUUUUGUGCAGUUUUAGUAUCAUUUUAUGUGUCUUUCUACUACAACGUCAUCCUCGCAUGGGCUCUCUAUUUCAUCGGCUCAAGUCUGUCGUCAAACUUGCCCUGGAUACACUGUAACAACACUUGGAACACAGACAGAUGUUGGGACAGCAUGAAUAUUAAUACCAGUGCAAAAUUGCUCAAUAUUACAAUAAACGAAACAUCAAAAACUAGGCAUACGCCCGCGUCGGAAUUUUUUAAGUAA